CUUCGGCGGACUUUUUGACUUGUUUCUGCCCUACGGAAACAUGAAACAUGUUUACAGUUUGUACUCACAACAACAUGUUCUCUGUCCACGCGUGUUUUCGUUUCCUCUCCUCUGUUCGUCAUCUUUAGAGUUUUGUUUAUAAACGUGUGUCAAGAAUCCGACUGAUGUCAUGCUCAAUCAAAACUACACACACACGAGUUUGACACUUGUUCAAUAUGAACACCGCGAAGAAGAAAAGCUACAUGGGACAGCAUCAGGUGAAGAAGAAACAAAGCUUCCAAGCUCCUGAUGAGCCACCGGACGGAGACAGACCGUGUCAUGAAACUAGGUAUCUGUCUGACAAAACAAACAGAUCAGAGAACACGGGCCUCAUGGGCGGAGGAGCCGCGUUUCCGCUGGGAGAAUCCACAUUGGCUCUGGAUGAAGAGAUGCUGCAGGUGUUGGAUGCUGCAGACCAGACGAAGCCCGUCGCUAAGCGUGCUCGUCCAUCAGCAGUUAAGAGGGAUGAAAAGGAAGAGCCGGCAGCAGCAGCAUCAUCGUCAUCUGUCUUUGCCCUGCCACGGCCUCUUGCACCAGUUUCAGACGAUAAAAGGGCGAGCGACAGAGCCCCUCAGCCCACAGGACCCCACAGAGCCCUCAGCACCCUGGAGGCAGUCUGUGAGCGCGGCAGACCAGGAUGGAGAGAUGACUGUAAAGACCUGGCUCAGAGGCUUCUCUUCAGCGAGGACUCUGGGGGGUCUCAUCAAGAAGUAAAAACUGAUCAGCGAGAAGGCGUUUCAUCCAAGCAGACGGUAACAUCCAGAAGAAGAAGCUCUCCUCGCAGCGACGGCGAACGUGGAGCGAACGCGAAUGCCGAUCCACCUCCGGAAGUAUCCAGGGACUACAUCUUAUUCAGCCCCACCCGCCUGGCAGCAGCCAUGAAGAAGGCCAAACUGCAGCAGUCCAUCCAGAACGAGUCGGUCUCGGUGCUCACGGUCCCCAGCGGGUUAGACGUCAGCACUCUGACUGAUACUUUACCUCAGCCAGGCAUUGCCUUGCAUGCUCCUGCGGGACAAGCUGAGAAGCUGCUGCUCUCCAGCUGGGGUUUACCAAAACCCAUCCUGGAGCGCUACCACAAACACGGAGUGACUCACAUGUUCGAAUGGCAGGCUCAGUGCCUCUCUGUGGGACGGGUGCUGCAGGGAGGAAACCUGGUGUACUCUGCCCCCACUAGUGCUGGAAAAACUCUGGUGUCAGAACUGCUGAUGCUGAAACGUGUGUUGGAGACCAAAAGGAAAGCUCUCUUUAUUCUGCCGUUUGUCUCGGUGGCCAAAGAGAAGAUGCACUACCUUCAGAGUGUAUUCGAAGAGGCGGGAGUUCGAGUGGAGGGAUACAUGGGCAGCACCUCGGCUGCAGGAGGCUUCAAAGCUCUGGAUGUGGCUGUUUGCACCAUCGAAAAGGCCAAUUCUCUCAUAAACAGACUGAUUGAAGAGGACAGUCUGGGUCUGCUAGGUGUGGUGGUCGUGGAUGAGUUGCAUAUGGUCGGAGAUUCUGGGAGAGGAUACCUACUGGAGCUGCUCUUGACCAAAAUCCGCUUCAUUGCACAGAAGCAGAACACAAGCGGGUCACUCUCUGAGGGCGUACAGAUCAUAGGUAUGAGCGCCACCUUGCCCAACCUCUCCCUCCUGGCCAGCUGGUUAGGCGCAGAGCUCUACCAGACAGACUACAGACCCGUACCCCUGCAGGAGCACCUCAAGGUGGGCUGCAACAUCUACGACAGGAGCCUCUCUGUGGUGCGGCAGUUCACGCCUGUGCUCCACGUUAAGGGGGAUGGUGACCACAUCGUGAGCCUGUGCUAUGAGACGGUGAGAGAGAGACGCUCUGUGCUGCUGUUCUGCCCUUCAAAGAACUGGUGUGAGAAACUGGUGGACAGCAUCGCCAGAGAGUUCUACAACCUCAGACAUACGGAUCGGCAGGGUGAAGCAGCGCCUGAGCCUGUGAGUCUGGAUCAGGAGGGACUGGUGGAUGUUAUCGCCCAGCUGAGACGAACUCCAGCUGGUUUAGAUCCCAUCCUCCAGCGAACUGUGCCAUGGGGGGUGGCCUUCCACCACGCAGGUUUGACGUUCGAUGAGCGGGAUGUGCUGGAGGGAGCUUUUCGACAGGGCUUGCUCAGAGUCCUGGCGGCCACCUCCACCCUCUCCUCAGGGGUCAACCUCCCGGCUCGAAGGGUCAUCAUUCGAACCCCCACCUUCAAUGGACACCUGUUGGACCCACUCACAUACAAACAGAUGGCAGGACGAGCUGGGAGGAAGGGAGUGGACACUAUCGGUGAGAGUGUGCUGGUGUGUAAGGAGGCAGAGCGGCAGAAAGGCGUUAGUCUCCUUACAGGUUCCCUUAAGCCAAUCAGCAGCUGCUUGGUGAGAAGGGAGGGAGAGGGAGUCACCACCAGCAUGCUGAGAGCCAUCCUAGAAAUUAUCGUCGGAGGAGUAGCCAGCACUCCACAGGACGUGACUUUGUACGCUUCCUGCUCUCUACUGGCUGCCAGCAUGAAAAGUGACAGCGAGAAAGACUCAAAUGAAGAGACCAGUAAAGGAGCUAUUGAGGCCUGUGUGGAAUGGCUGAUGGAGAAUGAAUUCAUCAGUAUCCAGAGAGAAGGACAAGAGGAGCGCUACUGUCCAACCCAGCUGGGUGCUGCCACUCUUUCAUCGUCCCUCUCCCCUCCUGAGGCUCUGGGAAUAUUUGCGGAUCUCCAGCGAGCCAUGAAGGGCUUUGUUUUGGAAAAUGACUUGCACAUAUUAUAUCUGAUAACGCCGUUGUACGCCGAGUGGACCACCAUAGACUGGUAUCAGUUCUUCCGUCUGUGGGAACAGCUGUCGUCAUCCAUGAAGAGGGUGGCAGAGCUGGUGGGCGUUCAGGAAGGUUUUCUUGCCCGAUCAGUCAGCGGCAAACUUGUAGCCAAGACCGAGAAGCAGCGCAGACAGAUGGCUGUCCAUAAAAGGUUUUUCACCACACUUGUGCUGCAGGAUCUGGUGAACGAGGUGCCUCUGGCAACAGUGGCGUCCAAAUACAACUGCAAUCGUGGUCAGUUACAGUCUCUCCAGCAGUCUGCCUCUACAUAUGCAGGUAUGGUCACAGUGUUCUGCAAGCGCCUGGGCUGGCACAACAUGGAGCUGCUGUUGUCUCAGUACCAGACCAGGUUGAGCUUCGGAGUCCAGAGGGAGCUGGUGGACCUGGUCAGAGUUUCCCUGCUGAAUGCGACACGAGCCAGAACGUUGUACGCUCAAGGCCUCUGCACUGUAGCUGAACUCGCCAGAGCUUCUGUCGCUGAUGUGGAGAAAGCCUUGAGGAACGCUGUGCCGUUUAAGAGCUCGAAGCGGGCCGUGGAUGAGAGCGAGAUGGAGGCAGCCGAGAGACGGAGCCUCCGCUGCGUCUGGGUCGCCGGUGGUCGCGCCCUGACCGAACAGGAAGCAGCUGUUGAGAUCGUGUCCGAGGCCAGGCUCCUCCUCCAGGAAGACCUGGCACAGCUGGGGAUUCAGUGGGACCCAGCGUCACUUCCUCCCGAGGCUCCUGCUGUGCACAGCCCGCGUGACCGACACAGCAGGAGCUCUGAUUCAUCGUCCGCGUCCAGUGUCAGCCCUCGUGAAGCACAGGCGGACGGCGAAGAUCAUCGGGGAGAACACAAGGCGAAGAAAAGUAAAAGUGGAGAGGUAGCAAAAGAUGAAAAUCGUGAGAAAAGGACGACUGAAAGGAAAAUAAAAGAAGCUGAGGCAGAAGCCAGACAAGAGGAAGGGACGUCCAUGUCUGAUGAGCCAGAAAGCAGACAAAAGGGCAGUGAAGUGCAAGUGGGAAGAAGCAAAGCAGCGGAGAAAGAUGAGACAAAUAAAGAAGCAUUAAUGGAAAGAGAGUCUGAAGCCAAGGAUCCAAAAAGAGAAACGCAAAGGCAAACAGAGGCAAAAGAAAAGGAGACAAAUAAAGAGAAUAACUCAGCCGGAUCUGAGAAUCACAAAGGAGAUCACCCUGUUCCUGAAAAGAGUCUGACACAGGAACUGGCUGAGAUUCUAUCCAGCCCUCUACCUCGACCAACACCACCUCGUCAGCCCCGCCCCUCCCCGAUGCCCCCACCUCGAUUCAGAGCUCCGGCGGCCCGAGUGGAAGAGCAACGCGGUGUGACGCCGAGAGGGGAGGGCAGCGCAGGGUUUUCUGCCUCACCUGUGCAGCCGGGUAGACUGAAGCACUCUAGAGCGUUAAGCAAAGUCCUCCACUCGAUUCAGACUGACAGAAGAAUACAAGAUCAUGUCGAGGCUGCACAAACAUCCCACUCAGACCCCCCCGCAGUCCAAAAUGUAGAGCUUGUAGGCCAAACAUCUGCAGAUAUUCGAGGACCUGUGCGAGAAAAACCGUUGUGUGUCUCCACACCGACCAAUGCAGAUGUAGAUUCUCCCGUGUCCGCGUCUCCUGCUUCAGUUCCCUUAUUCUCUCCUGAAGCCAAGCGCAGAAGGGUAGACAGCAAAGAGGCGGACAAGUUCUCGUCUCCUGAGCUGUACGCAGGGAGUGAUAGAGAGGAAGACGCCGAGGGAGGCGUUAAAAAAGGAGAGGAUAGCUUCGGGGAAAGCUUUGAAUUGGACACGCAGACGGAAAGGAUCAUCGUUCAGCAGGCGAGCCGACACAGAGACGGAAAUGAUAAAGGUGUUAUUCAGGAAGUAGAGACGAUUAAGAAAAGAGGGGAGGGAACAGGAGGAGCGGCUGUUGAGAUUGAAAGAGACGCAAACGAGGAGAGGUUGGAAGCUCCUGUAGAUGCAUGUCCCAGAUUUAAUAUAUCCCUCACAGACAGCCAGAUGGAGCUCAUCCUCAACACCAGCCAACAGAUUUCUCCAGGUCCAGCUGUUGAUGACGUAGUUGAAGAUAAAGACGAGGGUGCCGAAGAGAACGACGCCCUCGGUGUCGAUCAGGGAGAAUCGGAGAGCGCUAACAGGAGCAACAGUUUCCUGUUCGACAGCCUGUACAGCAGCUCUCUGCUGGCUGGUCUGAGCCCGCCACAGAUUCUUAACCAAUCAGAUGAGGAGGAGGAGGAAUCAGCCGGCCAGGAGAUCAGAGAGGAGUUCCCCGUUCCAUCAAGCCAGGAGCGAAGACGCAGCGAGCUUCUGGCCAAUCAGGAGGCGGAAGAGCAGGAGGCGAUGCAGUGGGGCGAGUCCUCCUUCAACCUGUCCGAGUGGGGCGACUCGCUCUACGUGGGCCAACACUUCCUGGAGAGGCGGAGCCUGCCGAAGCAGACGGGGAGUGCUCGAAAAGGGCAAGAGGGGAGUCGUGAAAAAGCUCAGGAACCUAACGUGGACCAUUCCCUGCUUGGAGGACAGGCGUCAGAAUCACGGCCUAAACCCGGUCGCAUACAGGCACAGUCACAUUGUGCAACUCAACACGAGCAGGACAAGGAUAGAGCCACUAAUAAUCAAGUCCUGAAACACAAAAUGAAACAGCAUAAUAAGGCACAAAAUGAUAAUAACGUAGACGUCAGAGAGGAGACAGUGAAUACAGAGGCAGGAAACAGGAAGCAGGUAAAGGAGGUGGAGGAAACAAGUGCUAUGAUGUCACAUAAUGCACUUUUAAAACAGCCUCAUGUCCAAAUGGCACCUGAAAGCACUCUUUACUGCAGCCCUGGUUUACAAGAUAUCUUUGACCGCUGGCCUAGUAUGUCUGACCAGCCUGCAAACCGCACAACAACCGGUCACACAGCCAGUAAUAAACACGUUGAAGAAGCAAUAACGGCAGAAGUGCGAGAUUUACCUCGGGUGGACAGGAAAGUUGCAAAACCAAACGUGCCGGUCGAAGCUGCCGGGAGAGACUCCGUGGAGGAAAUAUACUUAAGACAUGAGACCGAGGAGGUUACAGAGAGACUGGGCUCUCCUGCUGAUCUCAUUCCCCCGACGCAGGAAACGCCACCUGUCACACCCAGAGUCAAACUGACCACCUCGUCCGUCCGAUCCCCUCUGAUCACCCGGCCGCUUAACCAGUCGACGCCUUCGACGCGCAAACCAGCGACCGCCAAACGUGCCGAAUCUAAUCGAGAACCCAAACAGCCUGAAUCCACGUCGAGUGACAGGCGGGGACACAACGAAAAGACCGCACCUGUUCCACUCUCAAAAUCGAAGCCCCUGCCUCCCGUCAGCCCUCCACCAGACGCAGCUUCUCCGUCCUCCCCUCAACCGAGGCUCCCCUCCGACGGAGAGUCACCUGCGACCGAUGAAGGUUUCACUCUGCAGCUGUCCCAGGACGCCGCUCUCUGCUCCGGCAACCCGGGGACCUUCUCCAUCAUAGACGUGGCGAGCGACAGGCGCCUCUUCGAGACUUUCGUCGCCGAGUGGAAAACGAAGGAGCGGUUCUCUCUGGCUUUGGCCUGUGAGAAGAGGGAGCAGAGAGAGCAGCCAGAGGGGGGCAUAGGAGGGAAACACAAGAGAGCAUCAGCAGCUCAUCCGAAGCUCCACAGGGUCGACGGGUUUCCAUUAAGAGACAGUGACGGACUGGUGCUGAUUGGACUGUCUGUCUGCUGGGGAGCCAGAGAUGCAUACUACAUAUCUCUGCAGCAAGAGCAGAGCAGAGGUUUGAGCGCCAGUCUAGCUCCACCUCCACUUGAUGAUGGUUUGCCAGUUAGUGAGAGGGCGGAGAAGGUGAAGGCGUGUCUGAGCAGGUCAAGGGAAGGUCAGGAGGGGGGCGUGGUCGUCACUUAUGACAUCAUCGAGGUGUACAAGACGCUAGUCCUUAGCUGUGGCAUCAGUUUGGAGGGAAACUGUGAAGACCCAAAGGUUGCGUGCUGGAUGGAGGACCCCGGCAGUGAGGAGAGGACUCUUCCCAACAUGGUGACCGUCUACUGUCCUGAGGAGUUACCCCUGCUGGACGGACUCGGGAACCCACACUCGCACUGUCCUCGUUUGAGGGCUGCGACUAAGAGUGUGCUCGUCCUCGCUGUCAUGAACCAUCUCACCGGCCUGCUGGAGAAAGACGGCAUGCUGGAUAUGUUCAGGAGCAUCGAGAUGCCCUCCCAGGUGUGUUUGGCCCUGCUGGAACUGAAUGGCGUCGGCUUCAGUGUGGAGGAGUGUGAGAGACAGAAACAUGUGAUGCAGGCCAAACUCACAGCGCUGGAGGCUCAGGCUUAUAACCUGGCUGGACACACAUUCUCCCUCACCAGCAUCGACGACAUCGCGCAGGUGUUGUUUUUAGAGCUCCAUCUGCCUCCAAACGGCGACGUGAGUGGAUCAAAAAGUAAGAAGACUCUGGGUUACACCAGGAGAGGGGCCGGCAGAGUGCGACUUGGGAAGCAGUUCAGCACCACCAAGGAUGUUCUGGAGAAGCUCCGCCCGCUGCACCCGUUACCAGGAGUGAUUCUGGAGUGGAGGCGCAUCACUAACGCCUUGACUAAAGUGGUCUUCCCGCUGCAGAGAGAGAAGCAACGCCACCUUACACUGAACAUGGACAGAAUAUACCCCAUCGCCCAGACACACACCGCCACAGGUAGAGUGAGCUUCACUGAGCCCAACAUACAGAACGUCCCCAAAGACUUUGAGAUCCAAAUGGCCACAGUAGUGGGUGAGAGCCCGCCUUCACAGGAGAGCCGCCACAUGAACGCCAAACCAGGAAGGGAAAGACGCUCUGUGGCUGCAGCUGGCCGUGCAGAACAAGGCCCGGCCUUCUCUGUGAGCAUGAGACAUGCAUUCGUCCCUUUUUCAGGUGGGAUGAUAUUGGCAGCAGAUUAUUCUCAGCUGGAGUUGAGAGUGUUGGCUCACCUCUCCAAGGACCAGCGCCUCCUACAGGUGCUGAAUGGAGGAGCAGACGUGUUCCGCUGCAUCGCUGCCGAGUGGAAAAGUGUCGACCCAGAGUCUGUGAACGACAACCUCAGACAGCAGGCCAAACAGAUCUGCUACGGGAUUAUCUACGGGAUGGGAGCCAAGUCUUUGGGGGAGCAGAUGGGAGUGGAGGAGAAUGAUGCAGCCUGCUACAUAGAGAGCUUUAAGGCCCGAUACAAAGGGAUCAAUGCUUUUCUUCGAGAAACUGUGAAGAAGUGCGUAAAGAACGGUUUCGUUCAGACUCUAAUGGGCCGCCGGAGAUACUUACCGGGGAUCACUAACACUAACGCGCACAUCAAAGCACAUGCGGAGCGUCAGGCUGUGAACACAACGGUUCAGGGAUCAGCAGCAGACAUUGUGAAACUGGCCACAGUGAACAUCCAGAAACAACUGAGGAACACAUAUCCUGCAGCUCCACUCUCUCACCAGCACACAAGCUCAGCCAACAUCGUGCGGAGGAGUCGCCCUAGAGGAGCCUUCUUUGUGCUGCAGCUGCACGAUGAGCUGAUUUAUGAAACCACAGAGGAAGACCUCAUACAGGUUGCCCAGAUCGUAAAGAGGGAGAUGGAGACCGCCGUGAAACUGUAUGUGAAGCUCAAGGCCAAAGUCAAGGUGGGCCCCAGCUGGGGAAACUUACAGGACAUAGAUAUCUAAUCUGAAAGUGUCGACGAGUGGUGUCAGAAUGAAAUACCAUGCAGGUAGUGCUUCAUGUUUGAUACGCAUGUUAAUAUCACUUGUAAAAAAAAAAAAAAACAUAAUUUUUAAAACACCUGAACAAUAAUGAAAUGUAAAAUAAACCUUCAGGCGGGGGCUGCACUAUGAGCUGAACUUUAACUAUGAAAUGUAUUUAUUCAUCUCUCUCUAAGUGUCACAAAUAACUUUAAAACAAAAGGAGGAUAUAUAUUGUAUUUAUACGUUUCCUAAGACGUCAUGACAUUUAAUAAAUAGUAAAGUUC